AUGCCUCGAGUCAGGAUUUUUCUGGGUUCAUUUUUCUUAGAUAAUGUUGUACCUCCUCCUGGCUAUGGCACACAAGAGCAAUAUUCAAUUGAAUUGUAUGGAAAGUUUGCUCCGAGAAAUGGGGCAAUAAGUUUACCUGCUUUAAACCACUUUUACUGGGACACAUUUUUACCUUUAACUGGAAUUCACAGUGUGGUUCAUAGGAGUAUAGUUGGAACAGCAAAUGGAAUAAAUGAAUGUGCAACAAUUCUGUUGAGAGAUGGGCAAGGAAAGCAAGCUCAGUUGUUUACUGCUAAGAUACUUUUCAGGUAUCCAAUCGUUGGUCAUAUGUUAUUCCGUCAACUCAAAAAUCACCCUUGGGCAGAUACAACAAUACUUGUUGAAUAUUUAACACAUGCUGAUGGUAAAAGCACUAAUAAAACUGGUGAUCACCGUUGGGCAGUGCAUGAUAAUCCACCAGGGAGAGAUUUUUACAAUUGGACUGGAAGGUGUCUAAGUGCUGGCAAUGUAUAUAAUCCCUGGAAUUCAUUACCAAGUGAUGGUCCAUGUUUUCUUGAGACAUGCAGGGUAGGUGAUCUGUCUGGGAGACACGGAUCACUAACAAUAGCUGGUUCUAAAAUCGAAGCUCAAAAUAUUACAAGACGUUUAUAUACUGAUACUCUGCUCCCAUUACAAGGACCUCGAAAAGUUCUUGGGAAGUCUCUCGUUAUUUAUGAUGAUAUUGGCACUGCUCUGCGUGGCGAUCGUUUAGCUUGCGCUGCGUUUGUGCCAGUUUAUAGAAGAAAAGCUGUGGCCAAAGAUUGGUUUCCAAAUGGAGGUCCCAUAAAGUUUAAAGGUAAAAUUGAAAUAACGCAGCAAUCAGAAUAUGAUAGGACCAACAUCGAAAUUGAGUUAAUUAAUUUAGAUAGCAGAGAUUAUAACAACUAUUAUAUUCAUGAAUCUCCUGUAGAGGUUGAUCUUGAAUUUCCAUGUGAACCAGAAACUUUAGGUGGUACUUAUGAUCCUUUAAAAGUUAAAAAGAAAAAUACUACAUCGGCAGGAGAGUAUGCAGUAGGUGAUCUGAGCAGUAAAAUUGGACAUCUUGACAGGAAAACUGAAUUUCAUGCUACGUACAAUGAUUCAAUGCUGCCCCUUUUUGGUUAUUCUGCUGUAAUCGGGCGAUCAAUUGCUAUUCAUGGUUUGGGCACAACACAGGUCCAUGAUGUUCGACGAGCGUGUGCCACCCUGGAACGAGGCUACAGUCCUGGUGAAGCGCGCGAACUCAGGGCUGUAGCUUCGUUUCAUAAUCCUGCUGGACAUGCCUAUGGAUAUGUUAGGUUUUCUCAACUAGUCUAUGGAGAUGGCGAAGAAAGUGAUACAAUUAUUGAGGUAAAUUUACGCCAUCCUGGAGCACAUGAUCGCAACGUAUCAAGAGGACACCGCUGGCAAAUUUUUGUAAAUCCUGUUGGUGUUGAUGCCACUGUUAAAACUUUUGCUACUCGAUGUGUGGCUGGAGGAUAUACUUGGAAUCCAUUUUAUACCCAAUUAGCUGAUCCUCAGAAUACAGAAUUAUAUGAUCAGGAAUGCGGCCCUGAUAAUCCGUUAAGGUGUUAUGCUGGAGACGUAUCUGGUCGGCUCGGUGUAUUAGACUUAGGUGUUGGUAGACAGGUUUUUACAGAUCCUCUCUUCCCAUUAGAGGGCCCAGCUAAUGCAUUAGGACGAUCAUUAGUUAUACUAGGACCAAAUGGAUCAAAUGAUCGAUACGCAUGUGCAAAUAUUGAACCUGAACAUGAUAUUGUUAAAUAUGUUAAUAUACGCAGGCCACCCAAGUUUGUAGUAGCUCAAUUUCUUCAGCAGGUUCGGAGGGUGAUGGGCUUACCACCAUGGAUGCUCUCAGUUGACUCUCGAAAAACCAAAAUUUUGCAUAAUGGUGGUUGUGUGCAACUUGUGGUUCAUUUUAAAGGACCGAUAGCCGGUAAGUUGGAGCAGGAUUUCUCUAGAUUGGUGGGUUCUGGAAGGUUGGAAGAACCUACUUUAUAUAUUCCUGGUUAUACUGACAGCAAAAGAAAGAAAUCUAUAUCAUACAGUGUGUGUUCAACAACUGAUAGUAGGAAUAGAAAUAAUAAAAAUUCUUCCAAUUUAACUCAAGACCAAAUGGACAUGCCGUGCUGUUCCAAAUCGCUGUUUGAAAAAUUUGAUAAAUCGAUGUCUGAGAAGACGAUUGCGAUUCCAUUAAAUGGAGGAGUUUCAGGGUGUACAGUAAAAAGCUUGGAUAAAUCGAAAUACAAAAGCCUCAAAUAUAGACUUCAAAAUGAUACUCAAAAAAGUGAUCCUACAAAUAUAAUUUUCAAAACUUCGGAAUAUCAUAAUAAUUCUUCAGAAAAUACUGAUCAAAUAGAAAAAUCAUCAAUACAUUGCAAACCAGUUUUGCAACCUAAAAGUCAAAGUUUUGACUGUUCAGAUGCGAUAAUUUUAGAAAAAGAGUAUGACAAAAAUGGUAUAUCUCAAGAAAAUCAAUCGUCUACUCCUAGACUAGAUGAUGCUAUCGAAAGAAUACGAGCUUUACGGUCAAGAAAGAUUUCUGAAAAAGACGAUAUUUUAUCAAUUUUAAAAUUUGGAAAUGAUAUGUUUCGGCAAGAAAAUUCGUUGAAUGAACAUAUAGGGCUAAAUUCGCCGAGUUCCAGUGAUUCAAUGAGAACGAAAAAGAAUUCUAGAAUGAAUGUUUCCCCAACUUUAGGACCAACUAAAAUAGCUUUACCUAAUGGGAAAAUAGUAAAACCCAAAACCCUAGCGGAAAAGCGACGUUUGUUACGAAGGGAGUUUGAAUCAGAAAUGCGUUCCAAAAUGCAAAUUAAUGAUCAACUUCUAGAACGUCAGAUACUUCGUCAGAAGUCCAAUAACAAACGAACAGAAAGCAGCGAUGUUAGAGAAAGAUUAUUAUACGACAAUGCUCCUAUGACUCGGCUAAGCUGGAAUCGUGCGAACUGA